AACUCAGUGAAACCAAACAUGAAUGUCAAAGAAUUAGAGCCAGAAAGUAAAGGUGUGGAGACAUUUAACAAGACUAAACCUCUUAAAAACAAACUUCUUCAAGUGCUAUAGGAAGGCUAACCCAUAUAAGUCAGUCAUUCUGCAAAGCAAGAGCUCAAAAUUUCAGCAAUUGCUAAUCAUGAGACAGGAAUAAAUUACAUCAUUGAGGGACUAGCACAACACAUCCCCCCACUUGGUUCUACCACUGCAAUAGUUUAUUUUUUUUUUAACCUGUAUUUUCUUUUUCAAACUUCUUACAGUUGUCAACUAGUUUCCUAAUCACUUACCAAGAAUUUUGGGAGUUUGAACCAAAAUCCUAACCGUGAAGUCUUUGUUUUUUAUAUUUUAGGUCCAGAGAUUUUGGAAGAAUUUCAGUCCUGUUCCUCUUCUAAAUUGAAUGAUGUGGUCCGACUGCAUGAUUUAAUUGUGGAAGGGAGCUUGGACUCACAUACCUUAAAGAAAUAUAUUUAAUAAAAAAAAUCCACUGUAGCACACAUAUUUCUCUAAACAAACCAUCAGGCUCAAUGUUGUAAGUAAUGGAUUUGCAAAUAUUCCGUUUUGUGAGUUGCUUUUUUUGCUGCUGAUAGUGUCCUUUGAAGCAUAGCAUUUGGACUUUGCUACAGUCCAGUUUACCUUUUGUUUGCUCUUUUAAUGUCAAACUCAAAAAAUUAUUGUCAGAUUUGAAGUUGUCAAGAUUUUUUUCCCUAUUUUUCUCUGGGAAUUUUUUGGCUUAAACUGUUCUGCUUAGGUCUUUGAACCAUUUUUAGUUAGUUUUUGUUUGUGGUAGCAGAUAGGAUACAACUGCUUUUCCAGUGAUCACCCAGUUCUUUCAGCAUCAUUUGUUGAACAGUGGCUACUUCUUAACCAAGGUUUUAAUGGAUGUUUCCAAAGCUACCUGUUGCUGUUUCAAAGGUUAAACAGAUAAUGAUUAAGUUGUACAUCACUUAGGAUAGAUUUUGACCUCACACAAGUUGAAGAGUACUGAAGAUCUAAGAUCAUUUACAUUCCUCAGGAAGAAAAAAAUUUAACAGCAUUCUAGGGCCAAGAAGAAAGAACUAAAAAGUUACAGGAUACCUAUUGGAUCAAAGUACACCUGCCUGGUCUUCUAUUCUCUGAACUCUCAUGUUCAGUUGGUGGCAGAGGCCUCCUCCUUACCAGACAACCUGGAGGCUGGUGAACAACAUGCCUUUACCUUUUCUUUGGAUUUUGGUUACUUUAUUGUGGUUUGCUGAAUUAGAUGGAGAAGCUGGAGGACUUAAGCUACAGCCACAAAAGAGAAGCACUGAUCUCCAACAACCUCGGAUGACUUCAGAGAGCGGAAAUUUAGUGUUUAUUACAGGGUCUGCUCAAAAUAUUGAGUUUAGAACUGGAUCCCUGGGAAAAAUAAAAUUAAAUAAUGAAGACAUCAGUGAAUGCUUACAUCAGAUCCAGAAAAACAAAGAUGAUAUUACAAAUUUAAAAGGAAGUACCAUUGGUCUGCCUCAAAAUAUAUCUAGUCAAAUUUAUCAGCUUAAUUCCAAGCUUGUUGAUCUUGAGAGAAAAUUUCAAAGCUUACAGCAGACAGUUGAUAAAAAAGUUUGUAGCAGCAAUCCCUGUCAAAAUGGUGGCACCUGUCUCAAUCUGCAUGAUUCCUUUUUUUGUAUUUGUCCCUCACAGUGGACGGGUCCUCUCUGCUCAACUGAUGUUAAUGAGUGUCAGAUCUACUCAGGAACACCCUUGGGCUGCCAGAAUGGAGCCACAUGUUUGAAUACAGCAGGGAGUUACAGCUGUCACUGCACACCUGAGACAUACGGACCCCAGUGUGCAUCCAAAUACAAUGACUGUGAAGCAGGCUCCAAGGAUCGCUGUGUCCAUGGCAUCUGUGAGGAUUUAGACAGGGAGCAAGAAGGAGUGGCCAAGUACAGGUGCAUCUGUGAUGCUGGGUGGACAUUCACACCAGAAGACCCCACUUGCACAGUAGAUGAAGAUGAGUGCAGUCUGCAGCCCUCACCUUGUUUUCCACAUGUGCAAUGUUACAACACUCCAGGCUCCUUCAGUUGUGGACCUUGUCCAACAGGCUGGAAAGGAAAUGGAUAUAUUUGUGAAGAUAUUAAUGAAUGUGAAAUAAACAAUGGUGGCUGUUCAGUGUCUCCGCUGGUUGACUGUAUGAAUACACCUGGAUCUUACUACUGUCUGGCCUGUCCAUCAGGCUACCAGGGAGAUGGAAGAACGUGCACUCCCAUAGACAUCUGCUCAGUCAGUAAUGGAGGCUGCCACCCCGAUGCAUCAUGCUCCUCGGGUCUAGGUUCCUUACCGGUAUGCACCUGUCUCCCAGGAUAUACAGGAAAUGGUUAUGGGCCAAAUGGAUGUGUGCAACUCAGUAAUAUUUGUCUCAGCCACCCAUGUUUGAAUGGACAGUGCAUUGAAACUGCCUCUGGUUAUUCAUGUAGGUGUGAAUCGGGCUGGGCUGGUGUCAACUGCACAGAAAACAUCAAUGAGUGUCUGAGCAACCCCUGUUUGAAUGGAGGAACUUGUGUUGAUGGCAUUAACACAUUUAGUUGUGAAUGUACAAGUUCCUGGACUGGAUCUCACUGUCAGAUUUCCCAGCAAGUAUGUGGAGGGUCCCUCUCAGGGCUGAAUGGAACAUUCACCUACAAGGGCCCUGAUGUUGGUCCUCAAAGUAAUGUCAGAUGCUUCUGGGUUAUCCGAACUGAAGAUGGAAAGGUCUUGCAAAUCACUUUCACCUUUUUCCAACUGGAUUCAGAGAACAACUGUCCACAUGAGUUUCUUCAGAUUCAUGAUGGAGAUUCUUCUGCAGCUUUGCACCUUGGAAAGUUCUGUGGCUCCAGCCCCCCUCAAAAACUCGUCAGCAGUGACAACGCCCUCUAUUUUCAUUUCUAUUCUGACCAUUUAAGAAGUGGAAGAGGCUUUACAGCAAGAUGGGAAACACAGCAGCCAGAGUGUGGUGGUCAACUAAUUGACACUUAUGGCUCCAUCAAGUCUCCGGGGUAUCCUGGAAACUAUCCCCCAGGAAGAGAUUGUAUCUGGACAAUAGUGAGCAGUCCUAGUCUCCUGAUAACAUUUACCUUUGGGACUGUGAGCCUGGAACACCACGAUGAUUGCAGCAAAGAUUACCUGGAGAUUCGAGAUGGACCUUUGCCUCAGGACCCCAUUCUUGGGAAGUUCUGCAGCACUGGCUCUGUCCAACCACUCCAGACCACUGGUCCCUUUGCCAGAAUUCAUUUCCAUUCCGACAGUCAAACUAGUGAUAAAGGCUUCCUUAUCACCUACUUAAAAUCACCUCUGGAUCUGCCUUGUGGAGGGAACUACACAGACCCAGAAGGCGAGCUCUUCCUUCCUGGCUUGUCUGGACCUUUUACUCACAGCAGGCAAUGUAUCUACAUUAUAAGGCAGCCCCAGGGAGAGAAGAUACAAGUCAACUUCACUGGCCUGGAACUGGAGGGCCAGGGCGGCUGCUCUCAGAAUUACCUUGAGGUUCGAGAUAAUAAAAUAUUACUUGGAAAAGUUUGUGACAAUGAAACCCCCUCUCAUUUUACAUCCAUUACUAAUAUUAUCUGGAUCAGGCUUAAAAUAGAUGCAUCUGUUGAAAAAGUUAGUUUCACAGCUGUUUAUCAAGUUGCUUGUGGGGGUGAAUUGAGUGGAGAAGGGAUCAUUCGCUCUCCUUUUUAUCCUAAUGCAUAUCCUGGAGAAAGGAUCUGUAGGUGGACCAUCUUCCAGCCCCAAGGUCAGGUAGUUCUUCUCAACUUUACUGCAUUUGAACUUGGAAGUUCUGCCAACUGUGAAACAGAUUAUGUUGAGAUUGGUAACAGUUCAAUUUUGGAUUCCCAUGAAAAUAAAAAAUAUUGUGGCACAAAUAUACCUCCAUUGAUAACGUCUGUAUACAAUUUUCUUUAUGUCACAUUUGUGAAAAGUUCUUCUACUGAAAACCAUGGUUUUAUGGCUACAUUUAGUACUGAGGAUUUGGUGUGUGGGAAAGUUUUUACAGAGUUGAGUGGCACCAUUCAAAGUCCAGGUCAUCCAAAUAUCUACCCCCAUGGUGUCAACUGUACCUGGCAUGUAUUUCUUCAGCCUGGUCACCUAAUUGGUUUGACGUUCAAAAGUUUUCAUCUACAGUUUGAUUAUAACUGCAAUAAUGACUACCUAGAAAUUUAUGACACUGACUCUGGAACAUCUCUUGGGAGGUUUUGUGGACACUCCUUCCCACCUUUUCUGAUCAGCACUGGCAAUUCAGUAACACUGAGAUUUGUGGCGGACUCUGACCUAGCUUAUGAAGGCUUUGUAAUAGAAUAUGAAGCACUGGAUGAGUCAGAAGUAUGCAUAGAAGACUAUACAGAAGAAUCUGGAACCCUCACUUCUCCAAACUUCCCUAAUAAUUACCCCAACAACUUAAAUUGCAUUUAUAGAAUCACAGUGGAGACUGGAAAGCAGAUAUCAUUGCACUUCACCAACUUCUCCUUGGAAGAAAGCUAUUUUGGCGCAUGCGUAGGAGAUUUUGUGGAAAUCAGAGAUGGAGGCUAUGAAAAUUCCCCACUUCUGGGAGAAUACUGUGGCUCAAAUCUACCUCCGAGGAUCAUCUCUCACAGUAACAAACUGUGGUUAAGAUUUAAGAGUGACAUGCUGUUCUCGGAGUCUGGUUUCUCAGCUCACUGGGAUGGCUCAUCAACAGGUUGUGGGGGUAAUCUCACCACUUCUACUGGCACAUUCACGUCUCCCAACUAUCCGAUGCCCUACUACCAUAGCUCUGAAUGCUAUUGGUUGUUAAAAGCCAGCCAUGGUAGCGCAUUUAAAUUGGAAUUCCUAAACUUCCAUUUGGAGUAUCAUCCAAACUGCACUCUGGAUUAUUUGGCAGUGUAUGAUGGCCCAAGUACCAGCUCUCAUCUGCUUACUCAGCUUUGUGGGGCCGAGAAGCCUCCUACCAUCAUUUCUACUGGAGAUAGCAUGCUUUUAAAACUGAGGACUGAUGAAGAACAGCAAGGUGGUGGCUUCGAGGCCAAAUACUCUCAGACAUGUGAAAAUGUUGUGAUUGUCAAUCAAACCUAUGGCAUCUUGGAGAGCAUAGGUUAUCCCAACCCUUAUUCUAAUAACCAGCGUUGCAACUGGACCAUCCAAGCAACAACUGGCAACACUGUGAACUACACGUUUUCAGUGUUUGAUUUGGAAUAUCAUACGAACUGCUCAACGGAUUACUUAGAGCUCUAUGAUGGAUCACAGCGGAUAGGACGCUACUGUGGAACAAAUAUACCUCCGCCAGAUGGUACCACAAGGUCCAGCCUUCACGUGCUGUUCCAUACGGACGGGGUGAAUCACAAGGAGACAGGGUUUCAGAUGCAGUGGUUCAUUCAAGGUUGUGGUGGGGAGUUGUCUGGAGCCACAGGCUCCUUCAGCAGCCCUGGUUAUCCUGGCAAUUAUCCAGCCAACAAAGAAUGUAUCUGGUACCUCACCACCACCCCUGGGAGCAGCAUUCAGCUUACCAUCCAUGAUUUCGAUGUGGAAUUUCACCCGAGCUGCAACUAUGAUACCCUGGAGAUCUAUGGAGGCCCUGAUUUCUACGCUCCCAGAAUAACACAGUUGUGUGUCCAGAGAUCUUCUGUGAUCCCCAUGCAUGUGUCCAGCACGGGAAAUGAAUUAGCAAUACGAUUUAGGACUGACAGCUCCAUAAAUGGAAGAGGCUUCAAUGUCUCCUGGCAAGAAAUUCCUGGAGGUUGUGGAGGAACUUUCCAUGCUCCAAAUGGGGAGAUUCAUUCUCCAAAUUACCCCAGUCCUUAUAUGAACAACACUGCCUGUCUUUGGACCAUCCAAGUUGAAAAAAAUCACCGUGUUCUCUUGAACUUCACUGACUUCGACCUUGAAACUCAAGACUCUUGUGUUUUGGCAUAUGAUGUUGAAAACUAUGUAACCACCCGUCUUGCCAACGCAUGUGGAAGACAGCAGCUAACUAAUCCCAUCAUCUCUUCAGGAAACAGCCUCUUUUUGAGAUUUCAGUCUCGCUCUGCCAGACAUAGUAGGGGCUUCCGAGCUCAAUUCAGGCAAGUCUGUGGAGGCUACAUCUUCACCACAUCUUCUGAUACCAUUUCCUCUCCAUUGUUUCCUGCCAACUAUCCAAACAAUGCAAACUGCACCUGGAUAAUUCAAGCUCAACCUCCAUUCAAUCAUAUUACCUUGUCCUUCACCAACUUUGCAAUUGAAAACAGCGCAGAAUGUACACGCGACUUUUUAGAAAUUUUGGAUGGCAACUCUGAUGACGCACUGCUCCGAGGACGUUACUGUGGUACCUCCAUGCCCCAUCCCAUCACAUCUUUCGGCAGUGCCCUGACGCUGAGGUUCAUAUCUAAUUUUGGAAGGACUUACCAUGGUUUCCAUGCUACAUAUGCUGCAUCAUCAUCAGCUUGUGGUGGAAACUUCUACAUGGCUGAAGGCAGGUUCGACAGCCCUGGCUACCCAGACAUUUAUCCCUCUAAUGUGGAAUGUGUCUGGAACAUUAUCAGUUCCCCUGGCAACCGGUUCCAGCUGUCUUUCAUAUCCUUCCAGUUGGAGGACUCUCAGAAUUGUAGCAAAGAUUUUGUGGAGAUCCGGGAAGGAAACGCCACGGGUCAGUUGGUGGGACGCUACUGUGGAAACUCUCUCCCUCACAACUACUCAUCCAUUAUGGGACACAUCUUAUGGAUCAGAUUUGUCUCGGAUGGCUCAGGAAGUGGCACUGGCUUCCAGGCCUCGUUCACUAAGGUGUUUGGCAAUCAUAAUAUUGUGGGAUCUCAUGGGAAAAUUGCUUCUCCCUUAUGGCCUGGAAACUACCCGCAUAACUCCAAUUACCAAUGGAUAGUAAAUGUGAAUGAAUCUCAGGUUAUCCAUGGUAGAAUUUUGGAGAUGAACACUGAAGAAACAACAAACUGCUAUUAUGACAAAUUAAAGAUUUAUGAUGGCCUUGGAGUUCAUUCACGCCUCAUUGGAACUUACUGUGGGACUCAGACAGGCUCUUUUAGCUCCACUGGAAAUUCUUUGACAUUUCAAUUUUCUUCAGACUCGACCAUCACAGGGAGGGGAUUCCUCCUGGAGUGGUUUGCAGUAGACAAUCCUAGUGGGCUUGUUCCUACAAUUGCUACAGGUACCUGUGGUGGGUUCCUGACUACAAGAGACUCACCAGUGUUUCUCUUCUCCCCGGGCUGGCCGGGCCACUACAAUAACGGGCUUGAGUGCACAUGGCUCAUCCAAGCUCCUGGUUCUACUGUGGAACUCAACAUCCUCUCCCUGGACAUCGAACCUCACCAAACAUGUGGCUAUGAUAGCCUUGUAAUACGAGAUGGAGAUAAUAAUCUGGCCCAGCCGCUUGCAGUUCUGUGUGGCAGAGAGAUCCCUGGGCCCAUCCGCUCUACUGGAGAGUACAUGUUCAUCCGCUUCACCUCUGACCUCAGUUUGACGGGGGCCGGCUUCAAUGCAUCCUUUCACAAGAGCUGUGGUGGAUAUUUGCAUGCAGACCGAGGGAUCAUAACAUCUCCCAAGUACCCAGAGACCUACCCUCCCAAUCUCAAUUGCUCUUGGCAUGUCCUGGUCCAGAGUGGUCAAGUCAUUGCUGUUCAUUUUGAACAGCCCUUCCAAGUUCCAAGUGGAGAUCCUGCUUGCAACCAAGGAGAUUAUUUAGUGCUAAAAAAUGGACUUGAUGUCUAUUCUCCACCCUUGGGACCUCAUGGACAAAAUGGUCAUUUCUGUGGCAGUCAUCCUUCUUCAACUCUGUUCACCUCGGACAAUCAAAUGUUUGUUCAGUUUAUUUCUGAUGGUAGUAAUGAGGGUCAAGGAUUUAAAAUCAACUAUGAGGCAAAGAGCUUAGCCUGUGGGGGCAACAUCUACAUCCAUGGAGCUGAUUCUGCAGGCUAUGUGACCUCCCCCAACUACCCUGGCAAUUAUCCCCAGCAUACUGAUUGCAUUUGGAUCAUAUCAGCUCCUUCAGGAAAACUCAUUAGACUGCAUUUUGAAGAUCAGUUCAGUAUUGAAGCAACACCCAACUGUACUUCCAAUUACCUCGAGUUGCGAGACGGAGCUGAUUCAAAUGCACCAGUACUAUCCAGAUUGUGUGGGAUGUCUCUGCCUGGCAACCGGUUUUCCUCAGCAGAUAUAUUAUAUUUGAGAUUCCGAACUGACAACAGCCCCACCCACAUGGGAUUCAAGGCCAAGUAUUCUAUAGCCCAGUGUGGUGGGACAGUAACAGGGCAAAGUGGUGUCAUUGAGAGCGUCGGAUAUCCUACACUCCCAUAUCCAAAUGAUUUAUUCUGUCAGUGGCACCUGCAGGGUCCCGAGGGACACUAUCUCAACAUUCAUUUUGAACAUUUUAACCUUCAAGACUCCUCUGACUGCACAAAAGACUUUGUGGAGAUCUGGGAAAACCACACUUCAGGAAAUAGCCUGGGCAAAUACUGUGGAAAUGUCUUUCCUGACAGCAUAGACACUUUUAGCAACGUGGCUGCCAUCAGAUUUGUCACCGAUGGCUCCAUUGCCGCCACAGGAUUCAGGCUGAGAUUUGAAUCCAGUUUAGCAGAAUGUGGUGGGGAUCUACAGGGCCCUGCUGGAACAUUUAGCUCUCCCAACUACCCGAACCCUAAUCCCCACGGCCGGCUUUGUGAGUGGAGAAUCACCGUGCAGGAAGGAAGGCGGAUCACCCUGACUUUCAGUGACCUGCGGCUGGAAGCUCACCCAUCCUGCAGCAGUGAGCAUGUGAUUGUGUUCAAUGGCCUGAGAAGUAACUCUCCCCAACUGGAGAGGUUGUGCAGUAACGUGAAUGCAAGCAAUGAGAUCCAGUCUUCAGGAAACACAAUGAAAGUCGUCUAUUUCAUGGAUGGAUCCAGGCCAUAUGGAGGGUUUAUGGCUUUCUACACAUCCAGUGAAGAUGCAGUGUGUGGUGGGCCUCUCACAAAUGCUCCUGAAGGAAAUUUUACUUCUCCUGGAUUUGAUAGAGUCAGUAAUUACUCAAGAAACCUCAAUUGCGAAUGGACUCUCACCAAUCCAAAUCAGGGAAAUUCAUCCAUCUAUGUUAACUUCAAGUAUUUUUCCCUAGAAAGUCACCAAGACUGUCAAUAUGAUGUCCUUGAAUUUCGAGUGGGUGAUGCUGAUGGGCCUCUUAUAGGGAAAUUCUGUGGCCCUACAAAACCUGCCAUCCCAUUGGUUAUACCUUACCCUCAGGUCUGGGUACACUUUGUCACCAAUGAGCAUGUAGAACGGAUUGGAUUCCAUGCAGAGUAUUUCUUUACAGAUUGUGGUGGAAUACAGACAGGCGAGAGAGGAGUGAUCACCAGUCCCAACUAUCCACAGGAUUAUGGCGUCUCCUCUCAUUGUGCUUGGUUGUUGGAGAGCCCCCAAGGGCACACCAUCAAUCUGACAUUUACUGACUUUGAAAUUGAAAAUCAUGUAACUUGUGCUUGGGAUUCUGUAACUGUCAGGAAUGGUGGCUCCCCUGGAUCACCCAUAAUAGGACAAUAUUGUGGAAAUUUAAGCCCUGGGACAAUACAGUCUGGUUCCAAUCAAUUGGUGGUGAUUUUUAAUUCAGACCAGUCAGUGCAACAUGGUGGAUUUUAUGCUGCAUGGAACACACACACAUUAGGUUGUGGUGGAAUAAUUCAUUCAGAAAAUGGUAUAAUAAAAUCUCCACACUGGCCUCAGAAUUUUCCUGAAAAUAGCAGAUGUUCUUGGACAGUCAUUACUCAUGAAAGUAAAUACUUUGAGAUUGGUUUUGACAGCAACUUCCGAAUCCCCAGUGGUGAUGGACAGUGUCAGAACAGCUUUGUGAAGGUAUGGGCAGGAACUGAGGAGACUGACAGAACCCUGUUAGCCACAAACUGUGGGAAUGUGGCUCCAGGUUCCAUCAUCACACCAAGAAAUGCAUUCACUGCUGUCUUCCAGUCUCUGGAUACACCUGCUCCAGGCUUCUCUGCCACAUUCCUAAGCCGAUGUGGAGGUACUUUUACUGACCAGUCUGGUUAUAUAAUUUCUCCGAACUACCCAAAGCAAUAUGACAACAACAUGAACUGCACCUAUCUCAUACAGAGCAAUCUUAACUCCCUGGUCCUCUUGACUUUUGUGUCUUUUCAUUUGGAGGCUCGCUCUGCCAUCUCAGGAACCUGUGCCAAUGACGGUGUGCACAUCAUCAGGGGUUCCAGCCUCUUUUCUACACCUGCUGCCACUGUGUGUGGUGCUGACACCCUGGCUCCCCUCACCAUCCCUGGUCCAGUGCUGCUGAACUUCUACUCCAAUGACCACAUCACAGAUUUUGGAUUCAAGUUUUCCUAUCGCAUAAUCUCCUGCGGUGGUGUGUACAACUUCUCCUCUGGAAUCGUCAAGAGUCCUGCCUACUCAUACACAGACUACCCCAACAACCUGUACUGCCUCUAUACCAUCACUGUCAGACAAGACAGAGUGGUUCAGAUCAAGUUCAGUGACUUUGAUGUGGCUCUCUCCACCUUCUGCUCCAAUGACUACGUGGCGGUUUACGAUGGUUCUAACACCAGUGAUCCCCUUCUUGGAAAAUUCUGUGGCUCUAACACCCCGCCAAAUGUUAGAAGCAGCAAUAAUAAUAUGCUUCUAGUAUUCAAGACUGACCCACUUCAUACAGCAAGAGGCUGGAAGAUAAUUUUCCAGGAAACAUUGGGACCUCAGCAAGGGUGCGGUGGUUACCUGACCAGUUCAAAUAACACAUUUUCCUCUCCUGAUUCCAACUCUAAUGGGAGAUACGACAAGUCUUUAAACUGCAUAUGGUUCAUAACUGCACCGGUAAACAAACAAAUUAGGCUCACCUUCAACACAUUUGUUCUGGAGUCGGAAUCUCUUCGACGAGGCUGUGUUUAUGAUUAUGUAAAGGUAUAUGAUGGGGAGAGUGAAAAUGCAAACUUGGCUGGAACAUUUUGUGGUUCCAAUGUACCUGCUCCUUUUACCUCUUCUGGUAAUUUCCUUACGGUUCAGUUUGUCACUGACACGACUGUAGAAAGGGAAGGAUUUAAUGCUACACUUACGUUCGUGGAUGUGCCUUGUGGUGGAACAUAUAAUGCAACUUGGACCCCACAAAAUAUUUCUGCAUCCAAUUUAUCCAGCCCCAGCAACUCCCUUUCCCUUUGUACUUGGGUCUUUGAAGCUCCUGUACACCAGCAGGUCAAGAUCACUGUGUGGGAACUACAGCUGGACUCACAGGACUGUACGCAGAAUUACUUAGAGUUUCAGGACUCACCAGAGAGUCGUGGGAACCCAAGGCAUCAGUUCUGUGGCACCAAUGCCACAGCCGUGCCCGUGUUCUACUCAUCAAGAAGCACCGCAGUUGUCAGCUUCAAAUCUGGAGUUUUCAAUGGGAACUCGAGAGUAGGGAUCACCUAUCAGAUUGCAGGUUGCAGCAGAGAAUAUACUAAGGCAUUUGGCAAUCUGAAGAGUCCUGGCUGGCCGGAUAAUUACAACAACGAUGCAGAUUGCACCAUCAUUCUUACGGCCCCACAGAACCACACCAUUUCUCUCUUCUUUCACUCAUUUCGCAUUGAGGACUCCAGUGGCUGCAGACAGGAUUCCUUGGAGGUGAGAGAUGGGAACAGUGACAGUUCACCCUUACUUGGCAAGUACUGUGGGACUCUGCUGCCAAACCCUGUCUUCUCUCAGAGCCAUCAACUGUACCUGCGAUUCAAGAGCAAUGGUGCAGUCUCCAGUCGAGGAUAUGAAAUCAUCUGGACCUCCUCCCCCACUGGCUGCGGGGGGACUCUGUAUGGAGACAGCGGCUCCUUCACCAGCCCUGGGUAUCCGGACACGUACCCAAAUAACACCCACUGCGAGUGGACCCUCAUCGCGCCCACCAGCAGGCAUGUCACGGUCAGCUUCUACUUCAUCAGCAUUGCAGACCCUGGAGACUGCAUCCAGAACUACCUCAUACUCUACAACGGGCCCAGCGCCAGCUCGCCUUCCUACGGACCCUACUGUGGAGCAGACACCAGCAUAGCGCCCUUUGUAACUUCCUCAAACCGCGUCUUCAUCAGAUUCCACGCCACCCACGCAGCGCAGCCGUCUGCCUUCCGGCUGACCUGGGACAGCUAAGGGGUCGAGGGCGGGGAGUGCUCCACACCCGACCUCCACACAGGCCCAGGAGGCAUCACGCGGGACACGCUCAGCCAGC